AUGGCCGAAAUUUAUAUGAAACCGCUUCUGGUAUUAUGCUUGACGAUAAUUUGUCACAAAGGGAAAGCUGCCGAAAAUAAUAAAAAUCCCACUUUGCCCGAUUAUCUGCCAUCAUGUAACCGGAGUGACCCGGAGCUGGACACCUGUAUCAAGAAUUCAUUCAAUAGCCUCCGACCGCAUUUGGCACGGGGUCUAUCGGACCUUGACGUGCCCCCAGUGGAGCCACUUCUAAUAGACCGUUUGGUUAUGGAAAAUUCAGCAGGACCCGUGAGAGUUAACGCUGUGUUCAGCAACAUAACCGUUGUGGGACCGAGUAACUAUACAAUCACGAAGAUCAGAUCUGAUUUGAAGAAGAUGCGUAUUGAUAUGGGACUGGCGUUACCCCGCAUUGAAGUAACUGGUCGUUAUGAAGUCUCCGGUCAAGUGCUUCUCUUUCCGGUCCGAUCUCAGGGAGAUUUCUGGGCCGCUUUCAUGGAUGUCGCAGCGAUCGCGAAAAUCUACGGCAAGGAGAUUGAACGUGAAAAUGUAAAGUACAUGGCAAUCGAGAGAUUACUUGUUGACUUCAAGCUUAAAAAUUCCCGCUUCAAGGUUAGGGAUACAGUCAACCACGGUAGUGUGAUUGGUGAAGCCAUGAACCAGUUCCUGAAUAAUAACGCACCUGAAAUUAUAGAUGAAAUGAGACCAGCCGCGUCUAUGGCAAUAGCCAAGCAUUUCCAGAAUUUCCUCAAUGCUGCUUUUAUGAAAAUUCCUAUCGAACUUUGGCUGAAACCUUAG